GAGCGAAUCGCAAAUUAUGUUGAGUGGUGGUGGGUGUCGUCUCUCCACUCAUCUACGGCUGCGGGACUGCGACCUCCGCCACCAGCCCCAACUUGGUUUUGGUUUUGACUUUAGAUUCGGUUCUCCAAUCUCUCGCCUGCGACGCUCUCUCACUCUCAAUCUCAAACCCUUGUCUCCUCGUCCAAUCUCCUCUUUUCGCUCUAUCAUUCUUUCCAAGCGCGUUCCUUCCCUCUCCCACUGUUUCAGCCAACAACAAGACCAACGGGAGCAUCCCUCCGACGCAUUGUCCUCUGUGGCAGGUGGAAUAGUUGCAUUGGGAAAAUUUGAUGCCCUUCAUAUUGGUCAUAGGGAACUUGUUAUUCAAGCAUCAAAGGUCGGACCUCCAUUUCUUUUAUCAUUUGUUGGAAUAGCUGAAGUACUCGGUUGGGAACCCAGGGCUCCAAUAGUUGCCAAAUGUGAUCGAAAGAGAGUUCUUUCGACUUGGGCCCCAUAUUGUGGUAACAUGGUCCCUGAAGAGUUUGAAAUUCAAUUUUCAAGUGUUCGAAAACUCACUCCACGGGAAUUUGUUGAAAAGUUAUUGAAAGAGUUUGGAGUUCGGGGGGUUGUGGCAGGUCAAAACUACCGAUUUGGAUAUAAAGCAGCUGGUGAUGCGACAGAGCUGGUGAAGUUGUGUGAAGAAUAUGGUAUGGGGGCUUACAUCAUAAAAUCUGUUAUGGACAAGAACCCAUACAACAUCAACAUGAACUCAGAUUCAAAAGACAGAGGACAAGUUUCAUCCACUCGUGUUCGCCGCGCCCUUGCUGUAGGAGAUAUGAAGUACGUGUCUAAACUUUUGGGUCGCCAACAUCGUUUGAUAUUGAUUGCAAAGGAUGAGGAAGGCUUUCCUUGGAGCAGGCAUAAAUUGUCAGUUCCAAAGUCGUGUAUGUUAAAUUUAGGUCCAAAAGAGGGUCUAUAUGGGAAGUGUUAUCUGUUACUUGGGGAUGAAGGCGACCUGGUUGUCCCGUGUAGUGUAGUAAUUGAUACAUCAUAUAUCCACAUAGAAAUGGAUGAGGUAGGUAGGCAUGAUGACAUAGUUAGUAGUAAACAGAAUGUGAGGCUGUUACGUAUUGAAUUUGGUGAUAUGGAAUGUUGAAUUCAUUUUGUCCUCAGUUGAGUCAGUUCAUCCCCGCGCGAAAUGCUAAUGGGUAUAUGAUGAAAUGGAGUGCAAGUAGGUUUGUCAAUUGUGAUAGUAGCUAUAUGAUGAAAUGAAU